GUUAGUCUUAAGGGGGUUGUCACCAAAGAGACAAGGGCGACAAAACAGGUUACGAUUGUGUCCUAGCUAUAUAUCUAAUCUAUAUACUGCCACAGGGGGUAGUUGCUCCAGCUUCACAAUCAUGACGGAGGUGGGGAUAUGCAAGUGCGUGAUCGCGGCACUGAUUGUCGCACUCGGGGCACCGCUGCUCCAUUAUCUGUGCUUCUUGCUGCGGAGGGUAUUUCGACGUGACCUGCCACCUGGACCGCUAGGCCUGCCCCUUCUCGGCUAUAUACCCUUCAUGACCAAGGACGGACAUCGGGACAUCGAGGCGCUCAGGCAGAAGUACGGCAACGUAUUCGGACUGCACUUCGGUUUCCGGUACGUGGUCUUCUUGUGCGACUUCACCUCCGCAAAGGAGGCCCUCUCGAACGACGCGCUGCUCGACCGGGCCCAAGAGUUCCCUCUCAACGUCCACGAGAAAUCUCAAAGCAUGAUUCUGGCCAACGGGCCCCCUUGGAGGGAACAGCGACGGUUCACGAUGAGGACGUUCAAGACACUGAUCAGUACAACGCAGACUGUCGAGACGCAUAUACACGACGAACUGUCGUACUUGGUUCGUGAGCUGGCGUCGCGCAAGGGCGAACCCGUGACCAUCAUCUCGCUGUUGACGCCCAGCACGUCCAACGUCAUAACGGCGACCGUGUUCGGCCGGAGGUUCGAGUACGGCAGCCCCGAGCGCGUCGAGCUGGACGAGCUCGCCGAGGGGAUCCCGGCGUUGGCAAACCAGAUGGCGUCUAUCAACUUCUUCCCUUGGCUGCGCAGAGUGCUCUCCAUGCUUCACAUAGGGCCAUGCGGGAGGAUCAGGAGCGCCAUGCAACGAAGGGAUGACAUCUCAGAGACCCUAAUAGGCCAUCACGAGAAAACAUAUCAGGAUGGCCUGGUUCGCGAUUACAUUGACGGUUUUCUCAGUGAGAUGAGGAGACCAGAACAAGAAAAGAAGACUUUCACGCGAGACGUGCUCAGGAGCAACGCGUCGUCCUUCUUCGGUGCCGGGAGCGAGACCGUGCGCUCCGCGAUACAGUGUCUGCUGAUGACGUGUGCCGCCAAGCCUGAGAUGCAGAACCGCAUCCGGGACGAGAUCGACGUCGUGCUGGGUCAAAGCGGUCAACGUUCUCGCGUCCUGUGGGAAGACCGCAACAGGAUGCCGUACACGCAGGCCUUCAUCUGGGAGGCGACGCGCUGUGAGCCGAUCAGCCCUUUCAGCCUCAUGCGGAGUGCCAGCGAGGACACUAAAAUAAGCGGCUACGCCAUUCCGCGAGGCAGUGUCGUGGUCACUGCGCUGAGGUGCAUUUUCCACGACGCCUCCUUCUGGAAGGACCCGGAAGUUUUCCGGCCCGAGCGCUUCUUGGUCGACGGAGGCACCCGAGCCAGCAAACCGGAAAAUCUGAUCGCCUUCUCAUACGGCAAGCGUUCGUGUCCCGGGGAGAUGAUCGCCAACAUGGAGAGGUUCAUCUUUCUUACCACCAUUCUGCAGCACUUCAUCGUCGAGGUGCCUCCCAGGGACCCGGCACUCUCUUUAGACGAGGUUCUGACCCGAUCGCUUAGGCCGCAAUCGCAGGAAUUGGUUUUCCGCGCGCGAGAAAUGCGUGGUUGAAAACACAUUGAGUAUACUUGAAUCAUAACCGUUCCGAAACUCAGCUUCAAACUCCUGAGCAUCCUCGACAACCUCUCUGCGGGGGUUUAAUAUAUUGACGCACCACAAGGAAUCGACAAGCUGAAGAUCGUCA